CACAGCCACACGAGAUUGAUCAACAGAGAGACACAGAGACACAGGGGCACAGAGGCACAGUCUUCACACGUACAGAAGCCGCUCCGGCUUCUUUGUGUCCUCAGAAGACGAUGGCUCCCUCACUUCCUUCAUCUGUCUUGCCGAAUCGUCGACCUCAAACACCCUGUCCAACGGGCCUUUCAGGAUGGCGGAGAAUACGUUCUUGUUUGUGUGCUGCUCAGGCAGAUCAUGACGUGACCUUGUCGGCAGGGGGGACUUCCCGAUGGUGUGGUGUCGGGGGAGGGGAGGAUGAUUGGACUGCUUGCGAUGUGCAGCGGGGCGAAACGAGGGCAUGCCGAUGUGGUUGCUUGUGUGGUUGGCCACUCUGUCGACCCUGCUCUGCAGCUCGAUGAAGCUGCAGUGCACCCGAUGAAACGAAGAGAACAAGACGGUGGUGGUGAGCAUGUCAUACGCCGUGAACGUCAUUGCGGUCGCCCACUUUGCUUCGUGGGACGCGAGCAUGACGAUCGAGGUCAGAAGUAUGUGACAGUCCAGCAGUGCAAAUCGCAUGCUGAAGACAGGAAAGGGAUGGAAGUGGGUAUGGAAGCGAUGACGGGAUGCAGGGAUGGCGGUAUGGUAUAAGUGGCCGGACUCCGAAA